AUGUCCGAGGCCCAACGCGAGCGGGAGGUCCAGCGAUAUCUCCAGAGCUGGCAGGUCGCCCAGGGUUCCUCAUUUAACGUCGCCCUCAAUGUCGACAGCAUCGCCGCCCCGGACCUUCAUGGCAACGGUUACAAGCCAAAGGCCUCGGCCGACAAGGCGCUCACGGCCUUCGCCCAGCUGGCCGUGCUGAAGCUCAACGUCAAGCGGGCUAUGGUGUCGCUGAUCGAUACCACCACCCAGACUAUCCUUGCCGAGGGCACCCGUUCCAUUCAACUUGGCGACUUUGAUCACUUGCAAGACCAGAAUAGCGGCGGAUUGAACGACGAUGACAAGUCGAGCAACGAUAAUGAACUGUGGCUCGGCGCCACCAUUCUAUCUCGUCCUGAUGCUGUUUGCGAACACUCCAUGGUGAACACUUGCACAGGUUUGGAUGAGAAGGGCCGCCCCUAUACGGCAACCGGACUCAUCGUCAACGACUGCCGCCUCGACUCUCGCUUCAGCCAGCGUCCCUAUGUGCUGUCGGAGCCUGGCGUACGCUUCUAUGCUGGUGUGCCCAUCAUCUCACCCAGCGGUCACAAGAUUGGCUCCUUUGCCGUCUCCGAUGAACGACCUCACGAUGGACUCACGGCGGAGGAGAUUCGGUUUAUGCAGGGCGUGGCCCAGACGGCCAUGGAGCACCUGGAGUGGGCGCGAGAUCGCGUGGAUAGGUUCAAGGGCGAGCGGAUUGUGCGAGGACUGGCGACGUUUAUCGAGGGAUGUUCUAUUAUGAACGAAGAUUCAAAUUCUGUCAAGGACGACAUACCGAGGAGCCCUUCGACGGUACGGCCGCCGGAUAUGCCGCUCAUUUCGACGCGGCGGCCGAUGCCGAGAUCGAAUUCCUAUUUUCGCAACGCCGAAGCACUCAUGCGGUCUCGAGAGUCGUCUGCGUCCCGCCAGCAAAGCGGUACCACGGAACCCCCGGGUCCCAGCACCGAGAACCCGCCGUCGCCCAAGAAGGUAUUCCAGCCGAGGGUCGACGGUCUGUCGAAACUCUUCAACCGCGCAGCAGACGUCCUUCGCCACUCGACGUUGGCUGACGGCGUAGCCUUCUUUGGAGCCACGGCAACGAGCGCCAUGCCCGGAGGCCAGUCGAGGUCGGGAAGGAAUCAGUCGUCGGACGAGGAGGACGUCACACGACCCGCCACAUCGGGCUCUGGGCUCGACAGCUCUGAUUCGGAUACAUCACCCUCCUCCAGGCCCUGCAAGAUUUUGAGCUUCUCCGUGGCUGACGAGCGGGCGCGCGCGCGCAUCGAGCAGGGCCCGGCACUUUCACUCGGCAUUCUUGAAAAGUACUUUUCCAUGUUCCCCAUGGGCAAAACCUUCUCCUUCACCGAAGCCGGGCUUGGGGUUUCAUCGGGUGACGAUAGUGCGAGUGAUAGGGAGACGAUGGGCGUCGACGGAGCAGCCCCGCCUGACAGAACCGAAGGCAGACGGCGAAAAGUCAAGAUGGUCCACGAGGAGCUCCUCAAGAAGAUUCCCGGAGCGAAGACUGUGGUAUUUGUGCCCCUAUUCGACUACGGCGAAGACAGGUUAGCCGGCGGAUGUUUCCUCUGGACCUCCGUCACCGGCCGCAUGAUGAAUCUCGACCAAGACCUCUCGUAUCUCCGUGCCUUUAGCAACAGCAUCAUGACCCAAGUAGGCCGCAUCAACAGUCAAAAGAACGAGGCUGCCAAGACGACCUUCAUCGCGAGCAUGAGCCACGAACUUCGCAGUCCUCUUCACGGCAUCCUCGGGUCUGCCGAGCUUCUCCAGGAUACCAGCACCGACGCAUAUCAGUCGGGUCUCAUCAGCUCCAUCGCCACCUGCGGAAAGACGCUACUUGACACACUCAACCACGUUCUCGACUACAGCAAGAUCAACAGGCUCGGGCGGGCGCAGAUGAGACGGCGUGCAAAGCAGAACCAAAAUAGGCCCGUGGCUAUCACGUCAGACUCUCUCGAAAGCUUGAGCAUGUCCUCCGUCGUGGACCUCGCUGUUCUGGUGGAAGAAGUAGUCGAUGCCAUCGCAGCGGGCCACGCCUUCAAGAAACUCGUCGGCGCGGGAUCCCUGGAUGGACCCAAGCCUAGCAUCAGUGUCAAGGAGACGAAUAACGUGAGGUCGGUGGGCAAUUUUCAGGCGCCAGGGGCCAAGGGUCCUGUAUCAAUAUUGCUAGACGUCGACCCGAAAAUACCAUGGCUGGUGAAGGCGCAGCCAGGAGCCCUCCGGCGGAUCAUCAUGAACCUGUUUGGUAACGCCCUGAAGUACACGACGCAAGGCUACGUUCUCGUAUCUUUGACCGGCCAGACGAGGUCCGAGGGGACAAAGAUCGACGCCAUGAUACGCGUGGCGGACUCUGGCAAGGGCAUGUCUGAGGAGUUUCAACAAACCCGACUUUUCCUCCCCUUCAGCCAGGAGGAUUCAUUCCAGCCCGGUACGGGACUGGGUCUCAGCAUCGUCAAGCAGAUUGUCGACUCGUUGCGGGGGACUCUCGAAGUCAGGUCCGAACAAGACAGAGGCACCGAGUUCGACGUCCACCUCAGCUUCACUUCGGCAUCUGACGAUACGGAGAGUCCCCGCGAGCCGGACGAGGUGAUGCGCAGCACCGUAAACGAGACAAAGGGCAUGAAGGUUGUCCUCCUCGAGGAGGAGCGCACCCCCGACGCGCCGCCCAUGACGAAGCACGCCGCGAAGCUGAACCAGAUCCUCACGGAGACGUGCUCCGAGUGGUUCGAGAUGAAGGUCGUUAAAGAAACCCCCAGCGAUCCGCCGGGUGCCGAUAUGUAUCUCUACUCUGAGCCCCCUUCGGUAGAAAUACUGGAGAAGCGUUUCAAGGAUAAUUCGCGGAGAUCUCCUAGUCAGAAGAAAGCGCCCUUUAUCAUUGUCUGUCCGACGGCGGAAGAAGCGGUCAACAUUCUGCAGGACCACAGCAAGCUAUUAUUAGACUUUUCGGAAAUCGUGGAAGUGAUACCGCAGCCAUGCGGCCCACGAAAGCUAGCCAAAGUCUUCAGCCACUGCCUCAAGCGGGUAGAAGAGCUAGAGAGAAACCAAGCAGCGCGCAACUCCUCCGGCCUUCUGGCCCCCGUACCACCAGCCCCCGACGGCACCACCCCCGGCAACGAAAUCCGCCAGGUCGAACGAGUCGGCACCCCGCUCCACCAGCACGUCAGACCCGAGCAGCUCGAGCCGGAAAUAGGCGUGCAACCCAUCAUCAAGCCCCUAGGCGCAAUGGCCCUCUCCCCAGCCCUCAACGGCGGCCAGCCAGUGCUCGUGGAACAAAAGAACGUGACGCUACACGUCUUGCUUGUAGACGACAACCAGAUCAACCUCAAGCUCCUCGUCAUGUUUAUGAAGAAGUGCGGCUUCACGUACGAGCAGGCCGAGAAUGGACAGGAGGCGCUCGAUCGAUUCAUCGAGGCGUCGAGCUCGUCUAUCGAGGCGAGCGCGAGUAAGCGCCGGCGAUUCGAUUUCGUGCUCAUGGAUAUCAGCAUGCCCAUCAUGAACGGGUUCGAGGCGACCAAGAGGAUACGGGAGUAUGAGCGGGAACACAGGUUGCAGGCGACGACGGUGGUGGCGCUGACGGGGCUGGCGAGCGCGGAUGCGAGGAGGGAUGCGGAGACGUCUGGGUUUGAUGUUUUCUUGCCCAAACCGGUGCGUUUUGCCGAGUUGCAGAAACUUCUUACGGCGUCGUAA